GUGCCGGGGGGGGGGGGGGGGGACACACACAGGGAAAGGCCAGACGUGUCCUGGGUGGGGGCCAAGGGGGGGGGGUCCUGGCUGCACCGUCACGUUGCUGGCAGGAUCUGUCCCAAACCCCCCCUAUGGGAGGGGACACAGCUCCGGGGGUGCCACCACGGGGUGGCAAGCAGCCGGCGCAGGCACACGGGGUGACACACGUGUCCCCAAGUGCCACCCACACCCCCCCUUCUCGCUGCUUACCCCGAGGGGGCCCUUGGCACCCUCCUGUCCCCAAAGUGCCAGCGCCACGUCCCAAAAUAGCCCCGGCGGGGCCAUAUAAGUGGGGUGGGCGGAGGGGGGGGGACACACACACGGACACACGGACACAGGGAGGGUGACACGAUGCUGGUGCCCAGCGCUGUGGUGCGCAGCGGGGGGCUGCUCUCGGGCGCCCGCCUGGGCUGCCGCGUGCGGGAGGAAGACUCGGGGCGUCACGAGAGCUUCAGCGCCGAGUGGCUCGACCUGGAGCUCAGCACCCGGCCUGAGGAGGGGUGGUGCCGGCGGGAGGUGGACGAGGAGCACCGGGAGACGCUGGAGCAGCGCGGGGAGACGCGGGUGCUGGAGCAGCGCUCGCCCUGGGGGGUGCUGCGGGUGGGGGUCCUGGGGCAGCCCCUGGCCCAGCACCUCCUGCCCUACGCCCGCACCCUGCCCCUGCCCCUCUUCGCCCCCCCGGACCUCCGCGGGGCCAAGGCGGGGGUCCCCCGCACCCUCUCCCGCUCCCUCUCCCACGAGGCCCAGCGGGGCUGA